AUGUCCCCACUGGAUAAAAGCAAACCUAAACACUGGCAACCCCCAUUCGCUGUUGAUGUCGACCGAUUACGGUUCACACCUCGGAUACAGAGACUCAAUGAGUUAGAGGCAAUAACGCGAGUAAAACUCAACUUCCUGGACCAGAUAAUAAAGUUCUGGGAACUACAGGGCUCAGUGCUAAAGAUACCCACAGUGGAGAGGAAGCCACUCGAUCUUUAUGCACUGCACAAGAUUGUCAAAGAAGCAGGCGGCUUCGAAGUAUGCUCAGCGGAGCGCAAAUGGUCGAAGGUGGCGCGGCGGAUGGGCUUCCCCCAGGGCAAGGGGAUCGGCUCCAUCCUCAAGAACCACUACGAGAAGAUACUCUACAGAUACGACGUCUUCAAGAGUAAUGGAACUGACAAUAAAGAGACUAAAAUAGACGUAAAAGGCGAGAUAACGCCUGAGAAAGCGAGCGGUACUCGUAGCAGAUCGACGAGCAAAUGCACAGCGGCCGCCACGCCGCCGCCGGCGCGACGCUUCAAGCCGGACCCGGACGCGCCCGCGCCCGCAGAGACUGUCCCGGCCGACAAGAGCCCCCAGCAGCUGCAGGACGAGGCCAUGAAGACCCCCGUCAAGGAGGAGAGCCCGGAGACCAGGCGGAGUCCUCGGGAGAACAAGUGGAUGUCAGCGGCGGGCAGCUGCGGCGCGCGGUCCCGCGUCACCCGCUCCACGCGCCUGCGCGAGCACCGCAUGUCCAACAUGACGGUGUCCGUGACCCCGGCGCCGCCCACCAGCCACGCGCUGCACCCGGACGACCCCUUAGCGAAGUACAUGUGCCACGUUUGCGGGCGCGGUGACGUCGAGGAGCAGAUGUUGCUCUGCGACGGCUGCGACGACUCUUACCAUACCUUCUGCCUGCUCCCCCCGCUCGCAGACGUGCCCAAGGGCGACUGGCGCUGCCCGGUGUGUUUGGCCGAAGAGGUCUCAAAACCGACAGAGGCGUUCGGAUUCGAGCAGGCGACAAGAGAGUACACACUGCAGCAAUUUGGCGAGAUGGCAGACCAGUUCAAAUCGGACUACUUCAAUAUGCCUGUACACAUGGUGCCAACAUCGACAGUCGAGAAGGAAUUCUGGCGCGUCGUCUCCUCGAUCGACGAAGACGUGACGGUGGAGUAUGGCGCAGACCUUCACUCCAUGGACCACGGCUCUGGCUUCCCAACCAAGACCCACGCUCACCUGUACCCCGGCGAACAGCAGUACGCUGAAUCCAGCUGGAACCUGAACAAUCUGCCCGUUCUAGAAGGUUCCGUACUAGGACAUAUUAACGCCGACAUAUCGGGCAUGAAGAUCCCUUGGCUGUACGUGGGAAUGUGCUUCGCGACCUUCUGCUGGCAUAAUGAAGAUCAUUGGAGUUAUUCUAUUAACUAUCUACAUUGGGGAGAGCCCAAGACUUGGUACGGUGUACCGAGCUCCAAAGCGGAGCAGUUUGAGGCGGCCAUGAAGGCUGAAGCCCCGGAGCUGUUCCAGCUGCAGCCGGACCUGCUGCAUCAGCUGGUCACCAUCAUGAACCCCAACGUGCUCAUGAAGGCUGGAGUACCCGUGUACAGGAUGGACCAACACGCCGGCGAGUUCGUGAUCACAUUCCCGCGCGCGUACCACGCGGGCUUCAACCAAGGAUAUAACUUUGCUGAGGCGGUGAACUUCACUCCCGCCGAUUGGUUAAAAAUGGGUCGCGAAUGCAUCGCCCACUACUCAACACUACGUCGCAACUGCGUGUUCUCCCACGACGAGCUGGUCUGCAAGAUGGCGCUGGAGGCGGAUUCCCUCAGUCUGACGGUCGCGCUGGCGGCCUACCGCGACAUGCGGACCAUGCUGCACGACGAGAGGAAGCUCAGGAAAGGACUGCUGGACUGGGGCGUGACGGAGGCGGAGCGCGAGGCGUUCGAGCUGCUGUCGGACGACGAGCGGCAGUGCCAGCUGUGCAAGACCACGUGCUUCCUGUCGUGCGUGUCGUGCGCCUGCACGCCGCACGUGGCCUGUCUGCGGCACUACACGCAGCUGUGCGCCUGCCCGCCGCACCAGCACCGCCUCAGAUAUCGCUACACACUAGACGAGCUGCCGGCCAUGCUGGAGAAGCUGAAGAAGAAGUCGGAGCAGUUCCGCGAGUGGGCGGAGGCGGUGCAGAACGCGCUCGACCCCGACACGCCCAAGACCUGCGACCUGGACGGACUCAGGGCGCAUCUCAAGCGGGCGCAUGAUCUCAAGAUGCACAAGACCGAGCUAGUCCGCGCUCUAGAAACGGCAAUAGAGGACGCUGAGAAGUGCGCGUCCGUGAUCCAGCAGCUGGACCUCAACAAGAUGCGCACGCGCACGCGACACCACGACCCCAAGUACCGCCUUACCAUACACGAGCUCACGCUGUUUGCCGCCGAGAUCGAUGGGCUGGCCUGCGUGCUGCCUGAAGGUUCAGCAGUAAAAGAAGUACUGCGACAAACGUCAGAGUUCGAGAGCCGCGCGACGGAGCUGCUCAACAAUGAUCUGGAGAAGACUGACGCCGCUUAUGUCAGGGAACUUGAAGAGACGGCGGAGCUGGGCGCGCGCCUGUGCAUCGUGCUGCCGCAGCUGGCGCCGCUGCGCGCGCGGCUGCAGCAGGCGCGCUUCCUGCAGGACGUGCGCGCCCACCGCGAGGACUGCUCCGCGCUGUCGCCCGACGCCAUCGCGCGGCUGCUGCGCGCCGCCGACGCCGUGCUGCCGCACCACACGGUGGAGGCCGAGAGGGCGCUGCUCUACAAGCUUCAAGCUCACGUAGAAGAAUGGGAGUCCCGCGCCCGCGCCGUCCUGCAAGACACAUCUAAGAACCCGCAGACGGAGCUGGAGCCGCAGUAUAUCACGCUGGCGGAGCUGGACCUGCUGCUGGCUGAUGGAGAGGAGAUCGAGGCCGCUCUGCCCUCCUACCACGCGCUGCAGACUGCAGUUACACAUGCUAGGGAUUGGCUCAGCAAGGUGGAAGAGAUGCAGUCGAAGGAGUUGUACCCGUACAUGCACAGCGUGGAGGCGCUGGUCCGGCGCGGCGCCGCCAUCCCGCUGGCGCUGUUCGAGAAGGACCAGCUGGCGCAGGCGCUCGCCUCCGCCAGGAACUGGAAGCGGGGGGCUGCCGACAUGUUCCUCAAGAAGAGCUGGGCGGCGUCGCUGCUGGAGGCGCUGUCGCCGCGCGCGGAGGCGGGCGGCGGGCGGCGGCGGCGCGAGGCGGGCGCGGAGGCGGGCUUCCUGCGCCACUUCAGCGAGGACUCCACGCCCACCGACAUCGUGGCCGCCUUCAAGCACGCCGAGCUGCAGGAGCUGCACGCCAUCAGGGAGCUGCGAGCAAGAAAUAUGCGUAAAGAAGUACGCGCGCCGGUGUCUGCGGGCGUGACGUUCUGCGUGUGCCAGAAGCGGCAGUACGGGGUCAUGACGCAGUGCGAGCUCUGCAAGGACUGGUUCCAUGCCUCCUGCAUAGCGGCCGCUAAGGAAGAGCGCGAGGAGUCCCCCGAACGGGUGGAGGUUCCAUUCCCGACGCCUGAGCCCAAGUUCCUGUGUCCCGACUGUAUGAGGACCAAGAGGCCGCGAUUAGACCGCAUAUUGGCUUUACUGGUGUGGCUGCAGAAGCUGCCGGUGCGGCUGGCGGAGGGCGAGGCCCUGCAGUGCGUGACGGAGCGCGCCAUGGCGUGGCAGGACGCGGCGCGCGCGCUGCUCGCCAGCCCCGCGCUGGCCGCGCUGCCGCUGCACGACCACGACACCGUGCAGGCAAAUAGAGAAAAAGCGGACAAACUAAAUGCCGAACUUAAAAAAGCUACGGGAAGAGCGCACGAUUCACAUUUGGCAAAUCCAAGAUCGUCAGCGAGUGUGGAACACGCGUAUAGUGCAACACCACGAUCACCCAGCACACGGGUAGCGCCCGGACUGCUGCAGAAGUUGGAGGAUCUCAUGCUUGAAGGAGACUUGCUCGAGGUCCGGCUGGAGGAGCAGGUGCAGGUGUGGAGCGCGGUGGUGGCGUGUCGCGGCGCGGAGGGCCGGCGAGCAGUGCGGCAUGACGCCGGGCGGCGCAAGCGGCGCGCCAGGGGGCCGCGCCCGCACCACCAGCACAAGCGGACACGCACGCGGCAUCACCACGGGACCGACACACGAACACCGGCCGCAAAACCAACGUUAAAACGAGGAACAGCGACCACGACUAAUUAUCUAAAUAGGAAACAGGGAAUGUCAUCUGGCUCUGGCUUGAUGAUGCGCAAGCACUACAUGGCGCGGCAGGAGCGACGCAAGCGCGGACUCGCAGCUUCAACACGAGGCAAACAUCCGAGACAGGCGAGAAUGGCCGGGCAACGAGGCGCGGCGGCCGGGGCAGCAGCCGCGGCGUCAGCGGGCGGCGCGGCGGCCAGCAGCUCGUCAUCAGCGUCGUCCGCUGAGGAUGACGAGGACUGCGCCGCACACGACUGCCUGCGACCCACUGGCAAACUAGACUGGGUACAAUGCGACGGCGGUUGCGACCAGUGGUUCCACAUGCACUGCGUCGGUCUGUCACGAGGAGCCCUGCGGGAGGAUGACGACUACGUCUGCGGGACCUGCGCGCAGCGGGCGAGGGACUAAGACCCCACAGGACAUCAGGACGACCCCAUAAGACCCCACAACCAAGUGUUACCAGACAUUGACGGGACUACAGUGAUCAGUGAUGCCUACAAUAUCUAUUGGGACGUAACAUCUGCUAGUUAAAUUUCGAUUCAACAGUACUGAGAGCUUGAAUCUUUAAAUAUAGUUACUCCACUUUCCAACCUUGAAUGCUUAUACAAAUGACCCCGGACUUUCAAACAAUGCUCAUGGCUUUGGCAUUAAUUAAAAUGAUGUUGAG